AAAAAUGAAAGGGGCUUUUGUUUUAGAGUGACGGAAGUGACGGAUGAGAGCAGAUAUAAUAAUCACAUAUUUUGAAGCUACAGACAGAAACAUCAGACUCAGAACAGAAACACACAAGCUCUAAAAAAUGGAGCAAACUCUAUAUUUCAUUCUUCUUCUCGUUGCUCUCUGCUCCGUAUCUGAAUGUGUUCAGCGUCAGUAUCACUUUAUAAAUGAGAACAAGACCUGGACUGAAGCUCAGAGAUACUGCAGAGAGAAAUACACAGAUCUGGCCACCGCUGACAACAUGAACGACACGAACGAGCUGAACAAGAGUGUGAAUGUUCAGUUAGCCUGGAUUGGGCUGCAGAAGACGGGUCGUGAUGGAUGGCAUUGGUCUUCAGGUGAACCUGUGCUCUAUCUGAACUGGGCGACUGGACAACCUAAUGGCGGAGAUGAGUGUGCUGGGAUGAAAAAUGGAGAAUGGCAUGAUUUGAAAUGUAGUGAUAACUGGCAAUUCAUCUGCAACAACACAAACACAAGACUCAUCUUUAUCGAUCAGAUGAUGAAUUGGAGAGAUGCUCAGAGUUACUGCAGACAGAAUCACACUGAUCUGGUCAGAGUGAGAAACCAGGAUGAGAAUGAGAAGGUUAAGAAGAUCAUUAGUGAUGAUAAUAAUAAAUCUGGAUCAUAUGUCUGGAUCGGUCUGUUCAGAGACUCAUGGCAGUGGUCAGAUCAGAGUAACUCUUCAUUCAGAUACUGGAAGUCUGGUCAACCUGAUAAUUAUGGAGGUGAAGACUGUACAGUGAUUGAACCGAUUGCUCAGGGACGAUGGAAUGACAUCUCUUGCAGCAAACACUAUCCUUUUGUAUGUCAUGAAGGUGAUUUCUGCUUGUGCUUUGUUUGGUUUCCAGAUAAACUGAUUGUGAUCAGAGAGAAUCUGACGUGGUCUGAAGCUCUGAGAUACUGCAGACAGAAUCAUGUGGAUCUGGUCUCGGUUCAUUCAGAAGAGAUUCAGCGUCGUGUGAUGAACGUGGUUAAACUGGCGUCUACUGCGGAGGUGUGGUUGGGUUUACGUUACUCUCACAUUUUGGGCGUCUGGUACUGGGUGAGUGGACAGAGCGUGUGCUAUCAGAACUGGGCUCCAGGGAACGGUACAUCAGAGGAGGACUGUGAACACACAGUGAGAUCUGGAGCAGUUCAGUCUGGAGGAGAUCAGCGCUGGAUCAGCCGUCCUGAAACUGACAAACUCAACUUCAUCUGCAGCAGAUAUUAAGAGUGAAAGGAUACACAGAGCUUUCAUGUAAGAAAACAAGUGCUUGUGUUCACUUCCUUUACUUUACAAAGUGAUGAAUGCAAAUGAAGUUAAUCAUUUUACACAUAAUUUCAGUAGACACUUCAGGGUUAAAAAGGUAGAAAUUUUUUGUACAGAUGUUUAAUUUAGUUCAAACAUAUUCAGCAGUAAACUGUUAUUGAGCAGUAAAUUGUCUUUGUUCUUUUGAGGGUCUGUUUUUCUCCGGGUAGAUGGAUUUCUGUUGAUGCAUCAGUGUGAUUCCUGUGGGUUUGUUUGCUCCAUGUACAGAGCCCCAUACUCACUGUUAAUGCAUGCUUUGUUUCCAAACUGUCAACAUGUCUUAUUUACUAAUUUCAGAAUUAUGAAAUGUUAAUGUUUAUUGAAUUUUGUGAGGGGUCAAAAGGCAUCAUAUAUACUCAUCAUUUUAUACAUUUAUACUGUUUCCCAUCUAUUUUAUCAUAAAAUAUAAAUUAAGAGAAUGAGUUUUUGUGUGUGUGUGUGUGUGUGUGUGUGUGUGUGUGUGUGUGUGUGUGUGUGUGUGUGUUUUUUUAUGUUGCUGUCGCUACUUGGUUCUCUUUUAUGUUAAGUUUCAUGUAUUAAUCAUGUCUUUAGAUUAGAAAUAACUGGUUGAAUGUGAAUCAGUGAGCAUCAACAUUAUGUGCUUCUGCUAAAUGUUCUUAAAAUGGUGAAGGUUGGGUAUAAAAUAUCUACAAACCCGAUUCCAAAAAAGUUGGGACACUGUACAAAUUGUGGAUAAAAACAAU